GGGGGGAGAGGCGGGAGCUGGGUGGCUCAGUCCUCCCUCCCCGGGCUGUGCGUAGGGCUUGGCCAUUGGUAGUGGGGAGCCGUCUGGCCUCCCGGCAUGCUAGGCUGCGCUGGCUGGUGGUUACGUUGUGUCUUUCCCCCAGUGGGUUGGAAGUAGUUACCUUUGUAGCCAAAAAGGAGGAAGGAAGGGAUCGACACACACACAGACACACACACACAGACGCAACCAAAGGAGGAAGUUCAUUGAGACACUGAGAUUGCUCCUGGUUGCCUGGGCUCGCCUCUGAAUUGUGACUGCGGUGUUGUUGUUGUUGCUUCUUUGAAGCCUCCUCUUCUCCCACAACACCCCGGUCCCGGGCUCCUGGCAGCGACUUUUUGGGGGGAAGGCAGCGCGGGAGCGGACGCUGGAGGUUUGAUUGACAGGCAAUGGCUACAAAUUGCCGACUGGAAUGAGCUGAAGAUGCAGCCAUCUGACUAACAGGUUUUCGAGCAGCCCCUGGAGGCCCAAAGCACCUGGAAUUAACCAGACGGCAGCAUAACAUGAACUGAGAAAAAAGCAACCUGGAUUUUUGUUUUUUUGGUUUUGGUUUUAAAAACUUUUACAUAACAAAAAAUUAUUUCAUGAAAACGUUUUAAAACAGGGUUAUUUUUCCCCUUCCCCCGAACAAGAAAGUCGUCCCCAUACGGUGAGGAUUUCCCGAGAAGAUGGGGAGAAAAAAGAUCCAGAUCCAGCGGAUCACGGAUGAGCGAAAUCGACAGGUGACCUUCACCAAGCGGAAGUUUGGUUUGAUGAAGAAAGCCUACGAGCUGAGCGUCCUGUGCGACUGUGAGAUCGCCCUGAUCAUCUUCAACCACUCAAACAAGCUGUUCCAGUAUGCCAGCACGGACAUGGACAAGGUGCUGCUCAAGUACACCGAGUACAACGAGCCACACGAGAGCCGGACCAAUGCAGACAUAAUCGAGACGUUAAGAAAGAAAGGUUUUAACGGUUGCGACAGCCCAGAACCCGACGGAGAUGACUCCAUUGACCAGAGCCCCCUGAUGGAGGAUAAAUACCGCAAAGCCAGCGAGGAUCUGGAUAUCCUCUUCAAACGAUACGGUUCUGCAGUGCCCGCUCCGAACUUCGCCAUGCCAGUGACGGUUCCGGUGACCAAUCAAAACACGUUACAGUUCAGCAACCCUGGGGGCUCCUUGGUGACCCAGUCACUGGUGACCUCUUCGUUGACGGAUCCAAGACUCCUCUCACCACAGCAGCCGGCCCUGCAGAGAAACACCGUGUCGCCAGGUUUGCCGCAGAGGCCAGCCAGUGCGGGGGCGAUGCUCGGGGGAGACUUGAAUAACACCAAUGGAGCUUGCCCAAGCCCAGUUGGAAACGGGUAUGUCAGUGCCAGAGCCUCGCCGGGUCUCCUCCCGGUCUCAAAUGGCAACACCAUGGGCAAGAUCAUCCCAGCAAAGUCACCACCGCCACCCUCCCACGGCACGCAGCUCGCUGCCAACAGCCGCAAGCCGGACUUACGCGUGAUCACCUCGCAGGGUGCAAAGGGUUUGAUGCACCAUUUGACGGAGGACCACUUGGAUCUGCAGAAUGCACAGAGGUUAGGAGUCUCUCAAGCAACUCAUUCUUUAACCACGCCAGUCGUUUCGGUGGCCACUCCAAGUUUGUUGACCCAGGGCCUGCCUUUCUCUGCCAUGCCCACAGCAUACAACACAGAUUAUCAGCUGACCAGUGCAGAGUUAUCCUCACUCCCGGCAUUCAGCUCACCCAGCGGGUUGUCGCUUGGCAACAUCUCUGCCUGGCAACAACAACAUCAGCAGCAGCAGCAGCAGCAACAACAACAACAGCAGCAACAACAACCGCAGCAGCAACAUCUUGUUCCUGUAUCACUAAGCAACUUAAUACAAGGGGGUCACUUAUCUCAUACCACCACGUUGACUGUCAACACCAACCCCAACAUCAGCAUCAAGUCGGAGCCUGUCUCGCCCAACCGGGAACGUAACACUGCCACGCCGCUCAGCUCCUUCCCGCACCAGAGCCGGCAUGAGCCGACGGGGCGUUCUCCCGUCGACAGCCUCAGCAGCAACGCCAGCUCCUAUGAAGGCAACGAGCGGGAUGACCCCGCCAGAGCCGAUUUUGGCUCGUCCCUCGGCCUCCUGAGACCCACGACCGAGGCCGAGGGAGAGAGCCCGUCCGUAAAGCGCGUGCGGCUGGACACCUGGGUAACAUAACCAGUCCCAACUCUCUUGGAGCUACUUUCUGCUCAUGUCCAGGUGGGGGUGGGCAGAUGUGUGUGUUGGGGGGGCUGGGGUGGGGGUGGGAUUGUUACCAGUGGCAGGGUUGGGAGGGGGAAAAGGGAGGGCCGGGGUGGAGCUAACUGGGUUUGGGGUGGGGGUGGGGACAUAUUAUAAACUGCCUGAGAAAUAGCUUUAGGAUUUUGUAGGCAUUCAUUCUAGCGCAGCAGACAAUGUUUGCAAGGCACUCCAUGGCUGAGAGCAGCUUAGAAUCAAGAAUAAAGGAGGGUGGGGGGGAAGGAACGUGUCACCAAAAAAAAAAUCAAUCACUUAUCCCAGCGAGCAAGUGUCGGGCGUGCGUGCUAGGUUGUUGUCGAUAAAAUUCACCCACUGGCGAUUGGAAGUCGGGGAGGGCUUGAGAUGCGUGCCCAGUUUGUAAGGUCGGACCUAAUUCUGAGAGAAGAGUGCCUUUGAUGAGAAG